CGAUACUUCGUAACGACCCUGGGGUUCGAGCUCCACUAAUCCUAACGUCAGGACGUCUUGCUCCACCUGCGCUUUUCUACCAAAUAAUAUAAUCGGUUUAUAUCGAGGGGUUUUUAAUAAUGCCGGACCAGCGCAAGACGGUUUUAAUUACUGGGUGCAGUCCUGGCGGCAUUGGAAAUUCCUUUGCCAGAGAAUUUCAUGCGAAAGGCCUCCGCGUCUUCGCCACUGCGCGCUCAAGAUCAGUCUUGGCCGAUCUCGAGGCGCUCGGGAUCGAAACGCUUGAUCUCGAAGUGGACAAUGAGGAAAGCGUGACGAAAGCGCGCCGCGAAGUGGAGAGGUUGACGGGCGGUGGGCUAGAUGUGUUGGUUAACAAUGCGGGCCGAAAUUACACCGUUCCCGCAAUGGAAGCACAACAGGACGAAAUCCUCAAGACAUUCGAGGUCAACCUCUUCGCUGUCGUGCGAAUGUGUCAGGAAUUCGCUCCGCUGCUGAUAAAGUCCAAGGGAACUAUUGUCCAGCUUGGAUCCCUGGCAGGCACCAUGCCUUUUGUCUUUGGAUCAAUCUACAACGCCUCCAAAGCCGCGCUGCAUAGCUUCAGCGACUCGCUCCGUCUUGAGCUCGAGCCAUUCGACGUCCAAGUCCUGACCAUCAUCACGGGAGGCGUGCGCUCGCGGAUCACCCGCACCGAGCGCUUCCUCAUCGACGACUCCCUGUACGCGCCUAUCCAGGAACACUACGACCGACGCGUCAAAUUCAGCCAAGAAGGCGCCAUGCCGAACGAGGCGUACGCCGCGUCCGUCGUGGGGAGCGUGCUCAAGGAAAUAUCUCGCCACGAACGGCGGCGGAAAUGGUCGACGUGGCUGUUUGGCAGCAGCACCAUAACCAGCGGGUUGGGCUUUUACUGGAGACAGACCCGUGCGUGGAUCUGGGAAGGAAACGGGGCCUGGAAGGUGUGGUUUGCGCACAGAUUUGCGCCGAAAUGGGUUUUGGAUUACUUCAUGUAUCGCAAAUUCGGACUCAACCUUCUCCGGGCCGAUGUUGAGAAGAAAGCGUCGUUGUCGGGAAGAGAAAAGGCAGCGAGCACAACGGAGGCGAAAAAGGAUGAAUAGAAUUAGGAAGGAUACAGUGAAAGUCACAGAAAAACGAGGUCCCUUUGAAUACCGGUUGAAUAAAUUUGCUUAAAUAGCUAGGUUAAUUGAGCAAGCUAUGCUAAAUACCAUGCUAAUUCAAGCUCAUAUUGCUAAUCCACUCCAUCCUAUCGAAUCCUAUCCUACAAUGAGAUCCAAUCGGUUGAUCAGCUAAGAUCGACCAUGGACCAGGAAAGGCCGAAAGGGGGAUUGCAAGCAAGUAGAAAAUCAGUGAAUAACGCCCCGCCGCAACCCAUGAAUGCAAAGAACAAAGGAAGG